AUGCUGCCCGGGUCGUUGUUCCGUGCGGCUGUGUUGCUCACUAGCGGUUUUCUAGCGGUAACGCAGGCAAAUACGAAACAACUGACAUCGAACCUGAACUUCCAGUCGGUAGAAGAACGAGCAGCGACCACGAGUUUCGGCUAUAAAGAGGAUGGUGGAUCGUGGGUUAUCGACUCCGGUGCCGGUCUCACCGUCAAGAUAAACCAGGGCACAUGUGAUAUCACGUCAAUGGUCUGGAACAAGGCGGAGCUGCAGAUUUCCAAGAAGAUGACGCACAUCAACUCUGGUCUUGGUAAAAGUGUCAAGAGUUCGAUUGAGUCGCUCAAGGAUAAGACGAUCCAGAUCUCCUGUAAGGCUACGGGGUUGGAACACACCUACCUGUUCCGUCCCAAUGAGAACGCCAUCUACAUGGGUACGCAUCACACUAAGGAAAUGGAGCUAGGAGAGCUCCGUUUCCUCGCUCGUUUGGAUCGUAAGGCGCUCAAGAACCCCAUGGUUCCUGCGUCAAAUAUCGACGGAAUGAAAGCCAUCGAGGCGCACGAUGUGUAUGCAGACUCGAAGGGUGUUACCGCCUCAAAAUUCUACUCUGGUAUUCCGUUCAUCGAUGACAAGGUUCACGGUGUCACUGGCGAUGCCGGUGGUGUAUACUUCGUCAUGUCCGAUUACGCCUACGAGAAGUCUGUGGGUGGCCCGUUCUUCCGUGACAUCAACAACCAGUGCACUGAGGCGAAUGAGCUGACGUUCUACAUGUUCUCGGACCAUACGCGCUUUGAAGACUACCGCUACGGUUUCCAUGGACCUUUCGCUCUCGUCUUCACCGACGGAAAGGCACCUGCUGUCACCGACGUCGACUUUGACUUCUUCCAAGAUCUCACUCUAACAGGAUUCGUACCAGAGGCGGAGCGUGGAUCCUGGACCGGUACUAUUACCGACAAGAAUGGCGUGCUGAGCAACUCUAGUGUCGUUGUUGGAUUCUCCAACGCCGACGCCCAGUACUGGGUGAAGGUGGACUCUACUACCAAGCCGUUAACGUCGCCCAAGAUGAUCGCAGGUUCCUAUAAUGCCACCAUUUAUAAGAACCAGCUUCCAGUCAGCUCGGAGGCGAUCACGAUCACUGGUGGAUCGGCUCCGGCUCCGUCCGCUUCCCCAGCUGCGGCUACUCCCGCACCGGCCCAGCGCAGGACUCAGAGCGUGGAGGGUGCGAAGACUCUCACGGUCACGUAUGAACCCGUGGCCGAACCACUUUGGCGCAUUGGCGCAUGGGAUGGCACGCCUGAUGGCUUCCUGAACGCCGAUAAGAUUCACACGGCGCACCCUAGUGAUUCGCGCAUGGAGCCCUGGAAGCCGCUGAACUUCACUAUUGGCACGGACAAGGACUCGGUUUUCCCGAUGGCGAUGUUCCGUGCUGUGAACGACCCAAUCACGAUUAAUUUCGAGUUGACGAAGGAGCAGGUCGGUAAGGAUCGCACUCUGAAGCUCGGUAUUCCUCUCGCUCAGAACAACGGUCGUUGCAGUGUGACGGUGAACAAAUUCAGCGCCAAGACGCCAAUGAGUGCUGCCGUGAAGACGAGGGGUGUCACUAGAGGUGUUACUUUGGGCAAGUACAUGUUCUAUGACUACGCUAUUCCCAAGACUGCGCUGGUUGAAGGCGCCAACAAGCUUGUGUUGUCCAUUGUCAGUGGUAACAAGGACACGCUGGGCGAGUGGCUGUCCGCCUCCGUCGUGUUUGACGCCCUCGAGCUCGUCUAAACGAGCACUACCAAUUAGAUUUCUAUACAAAGCGAUCGCUAGGUUUGAAAUGGUCGACCAACACGUUCAAUGCUGUACGCAGUAAACCUUUGCAGGCUUUACAGGCUUCUCAAUACAACUCCC